GUUUUGCGGAUGGGAGCGUCACGGUGGAAAUCAGGGAGGAAGCUAAAGUUUGCUGCAGUGCUUCCUGGGAAGUGCAGUCCAGUUAAGAGUGAAACUGGGGCGAGGUCUCUAAAGAUGAUGAGAGGCAUGAAUCCAACAGGAUUUCCCCAUUUCCGUAUCUCCGUGCUGGAAAUGCUACUUCUGUUGGACUUUUGUCUCGGGUGCAAAUGAGAAAUGCUCAGAGCUCUGACCCAAUCCCCUCGGGCCCUGAGGUGGUAAAAUCUCCUGUGUAUAACUCGGCCUGCCUCUCCCACCCUCCUUGAUUGGUUUCUACAAGCUAAAAAAUGUUGAGGAAGAGCUGAGUGAAUAAGAAAGAGCUGCUGAAACCAAUACGAUUGCAAUUGUAUGAGAGGGAAAUCUCCAGAUAUCUCUACCUGAACAGAGUUUGGUAGAAAGACAGAACAGGGUCUCUCCGGGCUCCUGCCUGAACAACUGUGACCAACAAAAACAAAGAGUCAAUAACUGAAGAUGCCUAAAGUCCAAAAGGCUUCCCCACCAACCAGCCUGCCCUGGACAGCUCCUGUGGCUGGGGGAGAACCCUUCCAGGUGGCUCCUGCACCCUCUGUUGUGAAGGUGAAGGUUGAGAGAGAGCAGAUGGUGAUAUCAGAACAAUUCAUUCCCAGGCAUAGUGAGGCCUUCCAGCUUGAUGGAUCUUAUCCUCUUGACCCAGGGGUGAGCAGCAGCAAGCAUAUGUGUGCUGGAGUUUGUGUUCCCCUUGUUAUGAUUAAGAAAGAGGAAGAAGAGGAGAUGGAGACAUUGCAAGGGAUGCAGCUUACCUCUCAGAGUGAUGACACCCUAGUGCUUCAUCGCUCCUCAUCUCUCCAGACCCCCAUUAAAUGUGGGGCAAAGCAUGUGAGUCCUCCUUCAGAAGUGCAAGAGAGGAAACGUGCAAGAUCCAACAGAGGGGAGACGACAGUGAGAGAAUCCACAACAAAAGGAGAGAAAUAUACCAGCCCUGUGGGAGAUCAUGGAGUUCAGAUUCCUUCAGCUGAAAUGCUUGUUGUGAAGACUGCCAAGUCCCCUGAAAACAACAGAGAGGAGAUGGAAGAUGCUGUGAUUGUGAUUGAGGAUGAUGAGGAAGAAAAUUUGCUUCCGUGUUCAAAACUUGAAACAGCCCUUGUUAGCAUCGAUUCAGAGAGAAUGCAGAGCUUUUUGAUGAAGCUAGGCCUUAAUCAGCGAAGAAACAGGAAGCUCGCACUGGAAGAAAUGCUGGAAAUCAACUCUGAAAGUCUAAAGGUUGAGGCUCCCCGAUCAUUGGAAGACCUACCUUGGCACUUCUUGAGAAACCUGAUGGCCCUCAAUGGGACAGCCAGAAACACAAACCUUGUGCUCAAGGCUGAGGAAGACUCAUGGGGAGGUGAAGAGGGUGAUUUGGGCAGUGAAAUGUUUUGUCUGCAUGAAAGAGACACUAGAAUUUCUGUGAACCCCCUUGAUGUCCUUUCUGCUAUCCUGCUUUGCUCUGAUAGCUUCCUUCAGCAGGAGAUCUUGCUCAAAAUGUCCAUGUGUCAGUUUGCCCUCCCUUUGAUCUUGCCUCCCCUUGACACCCCCAAGUGUACCCUCAUGGUCUGGGCCAUGAGGGACAUUGUGAGAAAAUGGAGGCCCCAUUCCCUUGCUGAGAGUAGGGGCUUCAGAGAGCAGAGCCUGGUACACAUUUCCAUGCCGACUAUUUCCUUUGUGAGGAUGGGAAGCUGCAGUUUAUCCAAAUCCAGGCUUCUCAAUGAGGUCCUCAGUUCCCCUCAGCAGCACCAUGAUUUCUUUGUGCAUCGGGACAUGGAGUGUGGGAAUGUUCCUCGAGAGAUCAGUGAUGGGCUGAUGGAAAUCUCCUGGUAUUUUCCUGGAGGAAGGGAAAACUCAGAUCUUUUUCCAGAGCCUGUUGCUCUGUUAAACCUCCGUGGAGAUGCUGGGUCACACUGGAUGCAGUUUCAUUUUUUAACUGAGAUCUCCUCUGCAGUUUUCAUCCUUGUGGAAAGCCUUUGUGAAACAGAAUACAACAAACUAUUGACUCUCCAGGGAUCAGCAUCCAAAUUUUGCAUUAUCUUGAAUAGUGAAGGCAGGAAAUCAAAGAACACGUUGGAAUACCUUAAUAAGCUAGCUCCAGUAUUGAAUAUGAACAAAUCACAGCUGCUAGUGAAAGAAAAGAACCAAAAUAAUGCAGAACUGGUGAGAAAACUCCGGUUAGCAAUGGGAAGUAUCAUGAAUUUGCGUCUAAGAAUAGUAGAUGUGGUAGGAAUGGCAGUGAAGUCUAGAUUCCUAGGGAUCUGUGUAGAUGAGGAUGAGGAGGAAUGCUGUCUUGGAAGCAGGUUGACCAUGGCAAUAACUGCAGAAAUAAAAGAGGUAGUGAAUUAUAAGGGAAAUGUUCUGAGGCUCCAGGGUGACCUCUGGAAGAACAUUGGGAAGACAGAGAAGGAAUUGUGUAGAAUGAAGGAACAGAGAGAUGUCCAUCCCGAAGACUAUAAGUCUCAGCUAAGGAAGAAGCUCUUGAAGCUACGACAGGAGCAGAACAAAUAUAAGCUGUCUAAUGGAAUGCUUAAAUUUAUUAAUGCGGUGAGCCACUUGCCCCAAACGAAGAAGCGCUACUUCCUGAAAUGGCUGAAAUACCGUGUUGAUCAUGUGGCAAGGGGGAACCUUUCUAAACUACAAGCCGAGUAUAAGGCGAAAUGCCAUGCUGCCAAGGAAGCUGCAGAGAGGCUAAGAGAGCUAGACCAACUGAUCCCUGCUAGUUCCCUGGGGGUCGAGCACUUCAUGCGUGAGAUGGGACAGCUCUAUGAGGCAGAGUGUUCCAUGAUUCAAGAAGGCAAGAUGUCAAAGAGAAAGCGGCAAUUUGUUCUCCUUCCAGGGGUAGCUGCUGAGCUUUUGCUGGAAGGGUUUCCCAUGGAAUUGGUUGACGGAGAUGCAUCCAACAUCCCAUUACGGUGGGUUUCUGAUGUUCUGACUGAGCUCCACACUAAACUAGGAGGCAGAUCCAAGAUGCAGGUUCUGUCCGUUCUGGGUGUACAGAGUACUGGCAAAUCCACCCUUCUCAAUACUAUGUUUGGACUACAGUUUGCUGUUGGCAGUGGCCGAUGUACGCGAGGGGCAUUCAUGACUCUCCUAAGAGUUGCCAAGGACUUGCAACAAGAACUGGGUUGCAAUUUUGUCUUGGUGAUUGACACAGAAGGCUUGAAAGCCCCAGAGCUGGCCCGACUGGAAGACAGCUAUGAACACGACAAUGAACUGGCCACCCUGGUGAUCGGACUGAGCGACAUAACUGUUGUGAACCUGGCCAUGGAGAAUGCCACUGAAAUGAAGGACAUCCUGCAAAUUGUAGUCCAUGCAUUCCUAAGGAUGAAGGAGACGGGGCACAAACCCAGCUGCCAAUUUGUGCAUCAGAAUGUGAGUGAUGUGUCUGCCCAUGAACAGAAUAUGAGAGAUAGGAAACUCCUCCUGGAAGAGUUAAAUGAAAUGACCAAAGCGGCAGCAAAAAUGGAGAACCUCUGCAGGGAAGUGUCCUUUUCGGAUAUUAUGGACUAUGAUCCAGAGAAACACAAUUGGUACAUCCCUGGCUUGUGGCAUGGAGUCCCACCCAUGGCUCCCAUUAAUGCUGGGUACAGUGAGAGUGUAUGCGACUUGAAGAGAUACCUCUUUGAAUGCAUGAAACACCGUAGCCGCAGCAGGGCUCCCAAUGACAUUCCCCAGUUUAUCGAAUGGGUGCGGAGUCUGUGGAACGCGGUGAAACACGAAAGCUUCAUCUUCAGUUUCAGAAACAGUCUUGUGGCCGGGGCCUAUAACCAGCUUUGUGUGAAGUAUUCUGAGUGGGAGUGGGAUUUCCGCAAGGAGAUGCAUCUCUGGGUAUCCCAAGCGGAAAUGAUGAUCCGGAAUAAAUGGUCGGAUGACCUCAGAGCUGACAUGUCUGCCAGACUGCGGGUGGAAGCUCAGCAAAAACUGCAUGAAGGGGAGCAGAAGAUGGCUUCUUCCCUGCAAGGCUACUUUGAGAGCAAGCUAGAAAACCUGCACCUGAUAGAGAAAUACAGAGAGGAUUUUGCCAGGAGUACCACGUGUCUCCGAAUGGAACUAGAAUGUUACGUUCUGGCCAAGUGUGAGGAGUUCCUUCUCAUUCAGAAGAACAGAAGCAAGAUAGAACGCCUGCAGGUGGAAUAUAUGGAAAUUGUCAAAACCAAGGUAGACAGUCUCUUAGCAGACUGCAGAGAGAGAGCACAAAAACUGCAGGAAGAAGAAUUAGAAGAAGAAUUUGAAAAAAUGUGGGCCAGAACAAUAGCUGAGCUGCCACUUGAUCGCUUACCCAGGCGUGAUGUUGCUCAAAAUAUGCAUUAUCAGUUGCACAAGGACUUGGAGAACAGGGGCAGUCUGGUCAUGCAAAUGCUACAGCAAGCCCAGUCACUACAUAACUACCAAAGUGGUUCCUUCCAGAUGAAAAAAGAGUACCUAGAACUGUCUGUCCUUCAGAGUAUAAAGGAGUAUUUUAAGAAUGAGUAUUUGCAGACGGUGGAGGAACUAGCAAUUUCGCUGAUGGACCAAUGCAGGUCUUAUGUUACAAAGAAGGUCCAAGGUAAAGGAGAUUAUGAUGAAACCUUUUGCAGGGAAUUGUUACAGCAAAUCAGUGAGAAACUUCAAGAAGUGAGUGUCAAGCAGCUUCCAACCACUGCUUCCUUUGAGAUGGACCUGAAGCUGCACAUCCUUGGAGAAGCUUCUGCUGCGUUCGAGCAGAUGCACCAACAUUUCAUCAUGGACAAUGACCCUAGUCAGCAUUUAGAGAAGCUGAAACCUCACUAUCUCUCCACCUUCAAGACUAUUUACUAUGAGAAGGAUGAAUGUCAGAAGAGAGCUAUGGAUUUCUGCCAUCGGUGUCUCAGACCAGCUCUGUUGGACUACCUCCAUAAGAGGCUUGGCAUUAUAAUAGUGGAUGACUUCCUCAGGAGUGAACAAUCCAUACACUAUGGUAGUCGGUCCUUCUUCCAGUUUGCUGUACAGAAGAAGUUGCUGGAGGAGAUGAAUUUUGAUGACUAUGUGGAAUAUAUCCUGAACUACAAAAGGUUUGUCCAGUCCUGGAUCCAGAAAAGCUUGUUAAAACAUUACCGAGAGGGCAAGCCUUUGAAGAAUCUGGUGAAAGAGGUCCUUUCAGCUGUUUUGCAGAAAGUCAACGAUACCUUGCUCAGUCUCCUACACAAAGGAUAUUCCAGCACAAUUGGCAAUUUUCUAGAUAAUUUCUGCCAAAAGCUAAAUGGAGAGCUGGUCAUUUCCAAGGAUGGCUUGGAUAUCAUCCUCUUCAGAAACAUGGCGAAUGUUGCACAAUUUGCAGGUGACAUACUAACCUGCCUGUCAGAAGUGGAGGAAGAGAUUUUAAGAAAGAUGGAGGAGAACAUAGAAGUGACUCUUUCCAAACUCCAGGUCUGUCCCCGUGAUGAAAUCUUCAAGCGUGUCUUUGGCUGUGGACAGCAAUGUCCUUUCUGCAAAGUCCCCUGUGAAGCUGGGGGUAGUAACCAUAAGAUACACUUUGCCUCAGUUCAUAGGCCUCAAGGCUUAAACCAGAUGACAUGUUCUGUCUCCAUAAUGCUCACCUACUCUAUCUGCUCCUCUGAUGUUGCUUCAUGGAAAAAAUUUAGGAACCGUACCACUUCCUGGCAGUGGUAUUUCUACAAGGAAUACCGUCGGUUUUAUCCAAACUGGCAUAUCCAACCAGAUCCUAGCGUCAGGACCUCAAAUUACUGGAAAUUCAUUUUCAAAGUGUUCAAUUUGCAGUUUGCAGAUAAAUAUAAUGCCCUUCCUGCUGUUGUUCCUGCAGAUUGGAGAAAGCUAUCCAAGAAACAUGCACUUGCUAGUAUCCAAGAGGCUUUCAAUGUGAAAUAGACUCUAUGGGAUAUUCCAUUGUUUGCAAAAGCCUGCCUGUCAAACAUAACAUUUAUUACUUAGUAUUCUAUGCUUUGUAGUUAUUUUUUCUUCUUUUAAUGAAUACUGGAAUGUUUAUCUUUGUUUGAGCAGAAUAAGCAUAAUGUUGUCCCUGUGUUACCCUUCACCUGAGCAGCAAAAAUGCCAUCCUUGACAUUGUUUUGGAAAGGUUGUACUUUGAGAUUUGAAAAGUUGGCCCUCAAUAAAAAUGAUUUAAAAAUA